GGAAUAGAAACUCCCACAUCAAGUAUUAGACGAAAAUUCCUUAAAACCGACAUUUUGGAACGGGAAUAGAAAAUUGAACACAUUUUAUUUUUCAUUUUUGAUACUUAGAAUAUAUUAUAAGAUUACAUAUAUAUCUCAUAUUAUUCUCUUGGAAAUAUCUUCAAUUUUAUUACUACUUUCAACACUGAAAUUUGAAAAAAAACCAACGAGAAUGAUCUUCGAGGACAAAGUUAUUUCAUCAACAUAUGGCGACACUUAUUCUCGCAUAAGCAACGAGGAAGACAGCUUACUCAGCGCUGAAAGUUCACCUAAUAUUACCUCGCCAUCGUCAACUUCAGCUCAUUCCGGGACAGGGUCUAGUGUGGACGAGGGUGUCGACAUGACGGUGGACCAAGACAUUUGCAAAAGGGUUCUUUUCGUUCCUUCUAUGGAAAGACUGAAGCAUGGAAUCAGUGAUCAUUUUGACCAGCCGCUCGACCUAACUAUAAAAAAGUCGAAAAAUAUUUCUGAGCGUUUUGAUUCGAAAUCGCAAAAAAAAGAAUUAACCCAGUCCCGACGCGAAAGUUCGGAACUGGUCAUCGAUGAGAGUAGAUCUCCGAAUUCAAACCAGAAUACAGAAAAUGUGUUUAAGAUUGGUUCAGGCAACAACACCCAUUCUAACAGUCCACCUAUAAGUGCAAUCCCAAAUACGUUCGGUUCUAGUUUUGUUCCGUGGACAUAUGCACCAACAAAUGGAACUGUUCCCUUUUUGAGCACCAGUGUCCCAAGUUUAUGGAAUCCUGCAUUUUUCAUGAGCCAGGCUGCGAGACAUUUUUCUCCAUCGAUUGCUUGGCCUUAUUCAUUUCCCACUUCAUCAAUUGCAUCGUCUCCACUCACAAAUUCAAAAGAAGCAUUACAGCACAUUUAUGGACAUAACAUGUUUGCUGAAUUUACACGUAUCUGUAGCCAAGCUCAGAAUUCCAACCAAGGAAGAGACACAUCAAACUCAGUUAGCCGGACUGAAACGUCUCCAAUCUCGGCAAAAUCGAAAAAGUGUAGCCGAGUAGAAAAUCAUCACCAACAAUACGCGAGAGAUAACGGAGUAUUUAUUAAAAAGGAAAGAACAUCGCCAGAUAUCGCGAUUUCAAGAAAACGAAAAUUAGAGGAGACUUUGCAAACCCAAACAAAAACCAGUGAAAUAUCACCAAGAUCGACUGAUAGCCUGACUUCCGUUCCGGUUGGAAAACGGAUUCGACAGGACUACAAAAACGGAAUGUUUGACAACACAAUGGAUAGACUUGAUUCCCCACCUACCAUGGUGCAUAAUAUCUUCAACACUACCUCAAUUAUUAACACCCAGCAGAUUGAAAACAACAAAAUGGUUGCAAGACCCAUUGAUUUCAAACCAUGUCGCUUCCCAUGCAAAGAAUGUGGCAGAACUUAUGCUACAGUUGGAGGUUUCCUCAAACAUUCAAAAACUCACCAAGAAACAGAGUCAUCAAACAAUUUCAAAUGCGUGACUUGCGAAAAAGAAUACAAUUCACUUGGAGCGCUGAAGAUGCAUAUCAGAACACACACCCUUCCAUGUAAAUGCCACAUUUGCGGAAAAGCCUUUUCCAGAACUUGGCUUUUACAAGGACAUAUCCGCACCCACACAGGAGAAAAACCAUACCAGUGUACAGUGUGUUCUCGAGCAUUUGCUGAUCGAUCGAACCUUCGAGCUCACAUGCAAACACACGAAAGUGUAAAACGUUACGCUUGUACAUCAUGCGACAGAACCUUCUCGAGAAUUUCCCUUCUCAAUCGCCACCGAGUCAGUGGCUGCCCCUCUACUACUUCUUUGAAUGCCCAAGAUCGGCACCAGGCAAUGGAAUCCUUAUCCAGAUUCCAGGGUAAACUUGAAGACGCUGUUUCUUGCCAAUCGGUUGCAAACUCCCAGAAAUUUGAAGAUAAACAAGGAAAGAUAGAAAACUACUAACCAGGCAACAAUUUUUGGGAAAAACGUGUUCAUCCUUCACGUUAUAUCUCAGUGGGAUAAAAGAAUGACGCCAAAGACUUUAACUUCUAAUGGAUUAACAGGCCUUACACAAUGAUACCACUGUGCUACGUUUAUAUCUCUAAUCUACAAGACUCAGACUCGAUCAAUCUCUCUGAAUAAGACAUUAGUCAAUCCAAGCAAACAUAGAGGGAGCUGUUUCACGCAGGAGACCGGUCCGACAACGACUCUCAAACUGUCAUAUCACGGGGCCCAUUUUUCUAAAUCUAAGAAAUGUCUGACAACUAGUACAAAGACAAACUGACUACGUCUUGCUAAAUACAUAUACUUGCUACAGAUAAGUAUGGCCGCAACCAUGUCAAGCAAGAUUUCUAGAUCUGAGAAAUGACUGGCGUGGACAAUUUUAAAAAGCCUAAAUUUUACUAUAUUGUACUCGUAUUGCUCUAUGCCCAAAACCAAUAUCUAUUAUAAAUUAUUUUAUAUUUAUCAAUAGUAAACAGACGAAUACUUGAAUAACAUUUUUCACAAAAAUUCUGCUAUUAGAGCGAUUCACCCGAUAUAAUCGAAAGACAAUGAUGUCAUAAAAUACAUCAGAGUGAUUGUUAUGUUUGUCAUAUAGACAGAAAGGGGAGAACGUUAAAACGACAUUGACACUCUUUCUCACUUCGUAUAUCUAUAGACUGGAGCUUGUUAUGAUUAAAUACCUUGAGCGAUCAUUUUAACAAAAGCUAGAAAUUAAAAUAGGUCGGGAUAUGUUGUUAUGAUUAUAUUCGUAAAUCUCAUUUUUCCUUGAGUUCAUGCUGUACAUUUACAUUUAUUUACACUUUGUGAGUUUUCUUUUUCGUGUAAUUUAUUUAUUGAUCUCUUACGAUUUCUUUUUCUUUAAUAAAUUUUCCAGUCAUAUGAUAUU